AUGAAUUUAUCUAAUCGUGGUAGUAAUCCACGUGGAUCUGGAGGUGCUGUUGGUGUUGGCAGUAAUGGUGCUAAUGGCAGCAACACUAGCAGUACUGCUGCUUUGGGUCGUUUAUCAUCAUGGAGUUCAACGGGAAAUUUGAAUGCUUCCGCCUCUGCGUCUGCUUCAUCCUCUGCUUUAUCUGCAUCAAAUUCCGUAUUUCUGGGUGGGUUUAUGGAACGUCUUAUUGCAGCACUUAGUCAAUUUCUAACAGAUGGAAAUCAAGAAACACGUUAUUAUGGACGUCGUCUAUUGAGUACACUGAUGCAGCAUCCAGAUUUUGAAAGGACUGCACAUCGACAAUUAAGUGGACAAUCGUUAAGAGCUUUAAAAGAGGCUAUAGAUCAAAUUCAUCAAAAGGGUGUUGGUGAUCUACCACCGUCUGCAUCAUCUUCAGCUGGUGUUCGUCGUAGAGGUUUUUCACCAGCGACUAGAUCACGUGGACCUAGUGCUGGAGGGAAUAUUUCCAAAGUAUGA